AUGUCCUUGAAACGAAGCAACAGAUUGUCCCUGGACAGCCGGAUGCCACAUCGGCCCAGCACCAGCAGGUGGAGGUAAGGAGAACAUUAAAUUUUCAAAAAAAAACAGAAAAAUUGAAAUUAUGAUAUUCAAAACAAAGUUAGGUUUAAAAGCUAAGCCUAGGCUUAUAUAUUACGUUUAACAGCGAAGCAUAGGAACGGAGGUUAGAUUUAAAAGCUAAGCUUAAUCUUAUGAGUUAUGUUUAACAGCGAAGCAUAGGCAGGCAAAUGGAUUAGGUUUAAAAGCUAAGCUUAGGCUUAUGAGUUACGUUUAAAAGCGAAGAAUAGGCAGGCAAAUGAGUUUGGUUUGAAAGCUGAGCUAAGCUUUGCAUACCCUUAAUGGCCACAUAUAAGCUUAGAAAUUGAAGUGUAAGGCUCAAAUGUAAAAUCACGAGUAUAAAGCAAUUUUAGUCUUAAAAAAUAAAGUUUAGGCUUAUAGAGGAAAUUUUAGUUUAAACAACUAGUUUUAUAGUUAAAAGUGAGUUUUAGGCUUAAAAAGUUAUACUUAUGUUAAGUAGAAAAAAUUUUCGAUUUAAAAGUUUAAAAUAGGCUUACAGGUGAAAUUUAGGCUUAGGAAAUGAAACUUAAGGCUUAAAUCUUAAAUUAUGAAUAUGAAGCAAGUUUAGGCUCCAACAAUAAAAUCUAGGCUUAGAAAUAAAAUUUUAAGUUUAAAAAAUGAAGUUUCUUAAUUAAAGGUAAAGGUUAAGCUUAAAAAUUUAAUGUAUGCAAAUGAAAAUUUAGUCUUAGGGCUUUAGUGAAAAUAGAUUUAAAAAAAAGCGUUGCACUUUUAAACGCACUGUUGUGUUGUUGUUUUUUCUAAUGUAUAUUUAUUUAGUUUUGUAAACACGUCUGCUCUACUUUACUUGUUUUUGCUUUAUUUUUCAACCUUUCACUCUUUUUUAAUUAAAGUAACGUUCAGAUUUGAUGUAAAACGUAAAGAAAAACUAAAAAAACGUGCUAAACAAAUUUCUGAAAAGCCAAUAGAAACCUACUACUAGGCCAAAAACGAACGGGUACUAUGUCAUAAAAAGUGAGAGUACUAGGUUGUAGGCGUAAGGGUAAUAGGCUACAAGCAUGAGGGUACUAGACCAUACGCGUGAGCGGGACAGGCCUACAGCUAAGGUUGCUUAAACUUUAUAAAACACAUUUCUAAAGCCUGCAUUGACAUAAUACAUUAAGCACAAUAUUUUUUUUAUAGCCUAAUAUCGCUGAUAUAACUACAUAGCCUUAGAGAAAUUGCAAGGAAUGGUGUUACGCAACGUUUUCUUAUGUAAUAUUAUUUACUUUUGUAAUAUUUGCCUCGAUGUAAAAUGACCCAACAAAUGACUGCGAGUACGGCAAUUUUACAAGUUGCGCCAAAAGUUCUGUUACAAAACUUUAUCGGUUGUUUUCUCGUUCUUUGCUGUAAUCUGUCAUAAUAUGUACAAUCAUAUUAAAUUAUUUUUUAUUUUAUAGAAUUGUGAGAUUACAAUGUUUUUCAGCUCCCAUGAAGCCCAGAUAACCUCAGAUCAAGUGGAAUUACUCCGUCGAUUCUCUCGUCGAAUAAUCAAUGCCGGAGUGAACCAAUUGAGAAAAGAAUUCGACCAAAUUGAAGGACUAACAGGACCAAGCUACGAAGAUGCGGCUACGAAAAACCAAUCCAAAUGCAGAUACCGUGACGUUGUUUGUUGGGAAGAUAGCAGAGUCAAGCUGAAUAACAGUAAAAAUGACUUUAUUCAUGCUAACAUGGUACAGCAUAGUACACUUUCGAAUAGAUUCAUAUGUUCUCAAGGCCCACUGGAUCAUACUGUGACUGAUUUUUGGGAAAUGAUAUGGGAACAGAAGAUCAAGUUAGUUAUUAUGCUGUGUCAAGUUAUGGAGGAGAAGAGGAAUAAGUGUGCUCAGGUAGGCCAGGCUUUGGAUUUUUUUUAUUGUGUUUUAUGUCUAAGAAACCUAAACCAUAUAGUAGUAAGCUGUAGCUUAUUAAGUCCAGUUCUUCUUAGUCUAAGCUUAAGUUUACUAAAUCUGAGUAUACUAAGCUUAAGCCUCCUAAGCCUACUGAAACUAAGCCUGCUAAGCCUAAGCCUACUAAGCUUAAGCUUACUAAGACUAAGCCAACUAAGCUUAAGCCUACAAAGCCUAAGCCUACUGAACUUAAGCCUGCUAAGCUUAAGCCUACUAACUUUAAGUUUACGAAGCCUAAACCUACUAAUACUAAGCCUACUAAGCUUAAGCCUUUUAAAUCUAUUCUUAGUAAGAUUUACAGUUAGCUUAUUAAUGUGAGACUUGCUAACUUUAAGCUUGCUAUGUUUAAGACUAAGCCUAAGCGUAUUAAACGUACUAAAACAAAGCUUAAUAAGCCUAAGCUAAAUAAGCCUAAGUUUAAUCUUACUAAGGCUAAGACAAGCUUGAUAAACUUUUCUCUUACUAAGUUUUAGAGCCGUAAGCCACGUAUAUUAAGCUUAAGUUCUGUAACGUUGACUCUACUAACCUUAAGCUUAAUAAAGUUAAGCCUAAGGUAACUAAGUAUAAGUUCAUUUAGUCGUUUUAGCCCUAGGGCUGAUUGAGGUUUUUUUAAUUUAGAUUUAAGCUUAAUAAACUUGUAAUUUUUAUACUGAUAAGCCUAUUUCUUAACCUAUAUACCAAAACUUAUACUUUAUUUUUAGUACUGGCCAAAGCACGCCGGCCAAUCCCGUCAGUAUGGGCCGUUUGUAGUGAAAAACGAAAUGACAGAUCAAACAGAAUUGGGCCUGAAGCGCUGUAAGCUAAUCGUACAAUACCACGGCGAAGAACGGACGAUACAGCACGUUCAAUGGACCGCAUGGAAAGAUCGGAAGGCUCCAAAAGGUUCUACUAUGGCAUUUAGGCUCAUCUCUAUGGCACGAAAGAACUCGGACAGUCCAACUGUAGUACACUGUUCUGCUGGAGUUGGACGAACUGGUACAUUGGUACUAUUGGCUAUGUUGAGGGGGUAGGUUUGGUAUUAUUGAUUUUGUAGGGUAGGGUAGGGUACGCUUUGCUAUCCUAGAGGUAGACUCAACAUGGUAGUGCUGAUAUGGUUAACACUAUUACCAUAACAUAAACCUUUACAGAUCCAGCCUAAAAUCAGAUUCCCCAAACACGAUGAAGCUGCUACGUGAUCUCCGUUCUCAACGCGGACAAUGUAUUCAAACAGAAGAUCAAUAUCUAUAUCUUCAUUUGGCUAUGUUACAAUAUGCUGUUAAAUCAAGAGCAGUAACCAUUGAAGAAGUAGCCGGCUUCGUACACGAUUACGAAGCCUAUGUCUUCAAUAGUGGAGUCAGUAGAAGGUCAUUGAUGUCACAGUUGAUUGUUAUGUCACCAAAAGAAAAUCAGAUUCAGAAGGAGGAGUUUGAUGAGAGGGGGAAGGUAUGUCUUAAUUUAGAAGUAUUUUAGGUUUUCGAUGAUACUUCUAAUUGAUAUUGUACUCUUUUCUAUAAAAAAGCAGAUAGCAGGGUAAAGUGGUGUAGGCAGUGUUUUUUGAUUCAAAAAUUGCAAGAUUGAAAAUAACUUUUAAGCUUAUGGUUUGAAGUUUUAAAAAAUAAAUAACUUUUGUGGAGGUCCGUCUUUGGUUAUCAAGUUAUUACCGAAAUGGACCGCCCGGACCGGCAAGACCGAUUUGGUCCGGCCGGUCCAAAUGUUUAGCGAGGAACUUGUAUGAGACGGACCUUCACAAAAGUUAUUUAUUUUUUAAAACUUCAAACCAUAAGCUUAAAAGUUAUUUUCAAUCUUGCAAUUUUUGAAAGUCCGGACCGGACCCGGUCCGGCAAAACACUGGGUGUAGGGUAGGUAGACAAUGGGUAAGAUACUGUAGAUUAGGGUAGUACUGUUUAAGCAUUACUAUGACAUUUGCAAAUACUACUUGACCUUUGUAAUGGUAAUAGGAAUUACUAUAUUUUUUACAGAAUAGUACUAUAUAGUACUACAACGUGAAAAUUUGUAGUAUUACCAUCAGGAUUUUAAAGAAAUAAGUAGGAGUACCAAAUUUUUCUAAAAAUCGGAUUAAUAUUCUCAAGCAACAUAAACACAGCAGUAUAGCAAUAACACUACCAAGUACUAGCUAAACAUAAAAAUAGUAUUUUUAACUAUAACUUUCAAUUUGCUUUUAGAAAAAAAAUAAAAAUUUUUGAUUUCAGAGCUUCCGCGUCAGUUUUCAUUCAGUGCCGAUUCAAAAGUUGAUGCAAGACUUGUCGCCGUUUCGGAUUCGAGAACGAUAG